AUGGGAGUCUCAAGAAUCCGAACUACAGCAUACCACCCUCAGGCGAACGGUCAAAUAGAAAGAUGGCAUCGAACAAUGAAGGCAGCUCUCAUGGCCAGCGGUGCGACUACAACAUGGACAGACGAAUUACCAACUGUACUACUAGGCCUACGAACAGCAAUACGAGACGACAACAAUCUCAGUCCGGCUAUGAUGACGUAUGGAGCAACGCUACGUAUACCGUCCGACUUUCUCGUACCUACACAGUCGAAAAUCGAAGACGCAGACUACGUGCGACGUCUCACUGAAACAAUGGCAGCAAUAACUCCGACGGAACGCUCUCCAGCGACGCGAUCGACGUUCGUCUACAAAGACCUAGCAACGUGCACACAUGUCUUCGUACGCAACGACACCGUACGAUCGCCAUUGACACCACCAUACGACGGACCCUAUCAAGUUCUGAAGCGCCACGACAAGUACUAUCAAAUACAACUACCACUACGAACAACCGUGGUAUCAUUGGAUAGACUCAAGCCCGCUUACAUGCUCAACGAGGAAGACACAGGCGCAAGCACAGAAAAAACGUCAGUACCGACGAGUUCAAGACCGAAAUCUACAAUGGAAACGAACUCGCCGACACCGGCGCCUGCACCUUCCUACGUCACAAGAAGCGGCCGCGUCGUGAAAAAAGUGGUACGCUUCGCUUGA